AUGGAAGUAAUCACAGAAGGAGGGAACAGCAUCAACAUCUCUGAUUCUAUUAACAAGAAUCGUAUUCACGUCUCCAACUCCAAAAAACCCAUCUUCUUCUUCGUUAAUCUGGCCAAGAGGUAUAUGCAGCAGUAUAAUGAGGUUGAGCUUUCAGCACUAGGAUCGGCUAUUGCCUCAGUGGUUUCUGUUGCAGAGAUUUUGAAACAGAGCGGACUUGCUGUGGAAAAAAAAAUCAAAACAUCAACAGUUAUCCUAAAAGAUAAUUCCAGAGCUAGACCUCUGCAAAAGGCCCGGAUUGAAAUAUUACUCGAGAAGACUGCAAACUUCGACGAGUUGAUGGCUGCUGCCGCGGCGGUGGCUGCUGAAAAAGCUGAAAAGGCGGCAGCUGAAAAAGGUGAAAAGGCAGAUAAGGAAAAGGGUGAAAAGGCAGCAGCAGCUGAAAAAGGUGAAAAGGCAGAUAAGGAAAAGGGUGAAAAGGCAGCAGCAGCUGAAAAUGGUGAAAAUGCAGAUAAGGAAAAGGGCGAAAAGGCAGCAGCAGCUGAAAAUAGUGAAAAUGCAGAUAAGGAAAAUGGUGAAAAGGCAGCAGCUGAAAAUGAUGAAAAGGAAGAUAAAGAAGAGCACACUGCAUGA